AUCUCUGCAGUUGUUCAAGCGAAUCAGUCUGGACUUCAGGGCCAAAGCAGAGAUCUCGGAAGGAGGUUCUCAAGUGGGAUUGUUGCAUCUCUCUGCAGGUUGCCAGCUGCCCGCUUAAGUCUCCUUGGUGCCCCCAACGAUGCCCGGCUCCCCUCCUCACCUCAGAAGCCUCUGGACCUGAAGCAGCUGAAGCAGAGGGCAGCCGCCAUCCCUCCCAUUAUUUCCGAAGGCCCACUGGAGGGAGCGUUGCAGAGCGGGGCCACCAAAGCCCCAGUGACUCCCCACACCUUGGCCCUCUACCAGCAACAGAUCACCCGGGCCCAGGAGGAGGAGGAGGAAGAGGAGGAGGAAGAGGAGGAGGAGGCUGCACCCAGCAAGCUGCCCCCACCGGAGAAGGAGCCCCCCCUUUGCUCCAGCAACAGCAACAGCCCUCGGGCAGCUCCGCAUCGGAGCCCGGCAGAGACAGACAAAGAGGAAAAACUGGUGCUUUUCACCCCUCUUCCCGAUGGACAGAAGCCAGCUGGAGAAGCCGCUGCCACAACCUGCUGGCCACCAGUCCUCCCCUACCAAGGGUCCUCCAGGGAUGUCAUCCGCACCUCCCCGCACACCGAGUCUCAUGCAUUUCAGUAUAGCCCUUCGGCAGCUCAUCCCAUCUCCUUAAACGCUCACGAAAGUUCUCGGACUGGCCCGCCAAGGUUGCCCGCCAUCUCCAAUCCUCCUCCUCUGAUCUCCAACAAGCACCCCUCGGUUCUUGAAAGAACGCCUGGCUGCAUCUCCCAGGGGAUCCCGCUACAGCUCCAUGGUCCAUUCAGUUUGGAGCACACCAAAGUCUCCAUCGGUUCCAUCACUGUGCCUUUGACGAUGGACCCCAAGAAGUUGGUGCCGUUUCCUGGAGUGAAACAAGAGCAGCUUUCUCCUCGAAGUCAAGCGUGUCAGCCUGAAAGCUUGGUGGUGCAGCCCUCCCAGGAGAGCUCAGUUCUUCGCGGUAAGCCUUUUGCCCUGUGGAAGCCUGUAAUAGUAGGGAGAGAAGAGAAUGUAGAAUGCUCCUGGUCUCUCUCCAAGGGCACCCCAGCUGAAGUGCUGUACAAAGGAACCAUUACCAAGGUAAUUGGAGAAGACAGCCCCAGCCGAGCGGAGAAGGCAAGAGACGAGGCACUGCCCAAGGGACAUGUCAUUUACGAGGGGAAGAAAGGACACAUCCUGACGUACGAUGGUGGGGUUGCUAACCAGGUCCCUAAAGAGAACAGCAGGAGCACUGCAGUGAUGCAGGAGAUGACCGGCACUAAGAGAACGUACGACAUGAUGGAAGGGAGGACGGCCAGGCUGCUAUCUGGACGUGAACUUUCCUCUGCUAAUAUAGAAGGUUUAAUGGGCCGAGCCAUCCCUCCCGAGAGGCACAGUCCGCUCAACCUAAAGGAACCACAUCACAUCCGAGGCUCCAUCACGCAAGGAAUUCCUAGGUCCUAUGUGGAAUCGCCAGAGGACUACCCCCGAAGGGAAGCCAAGCAACUCAAGAGGGAGAACACACCACCAAGGGAUUUAACAGAAGCUUACAAAGUCAGGAGCCACGAGUCCCUCACUCCGAUGAAGGUGAAAGCAGUCCACGAAGGGCUGGUCACCACAGUGAAGGAAGCCGGGCGAUCGAUUCAUGAAAUUCCGAAGGAGGAUCUUCGACGCACACCCGAUCUCUCUCUGAUGGCCCGGCCCAUUAAGGAAGGAUCGAUUACCCAGGGUACUCCACUGAAAUACGACACAAACACAUCCACAAAUACCAAAAAGCACGAUGUCCGGUCUAUUAUUGGCAGCCCGGGCAGGAAUUUUCAUCCCAUGCUCCCUAUGGAGGCCAUGCAGGACUCAAGGACGCUGGAAAGAGCUUACGAGGACGGUUUGAAAAGCAGGCCCAGCUCAGUGACGAACUCGGGGGGUUCCAUCACGAGGGGAGCCCCCAUGAUUAUGCCUGAGUCAGGGAAGCCUCGCCAUAGCCCCCUGGCAUAUGAGGACCACCAGACGGCCCAUGGGACAGCUUAUGGAGGUCACCUGCAUCGAGGGUCCCCCGUCUCCACAAGAGAGGCAGCGCCCAGACAACUGGAAGGGAUAAUUGACCUGUCUCAAGUUCCACACCUCCCUGUGCUCGUGCCCCCCACCCCAGGGACCUCCGCAGCCUCCAUGGACCGCCUCACCUACAUGCAUGGCGCUGCCCAGCCUUUCAGCAGCCGACACAGUAGCUCGCCGCUUUCACCAGGUACCCCAGCACAUUUAGCUAAGACGGGACCCCCAGUUUCCGAACGGGACCAAGAACGGGACCGUGAAAAAGAACGCAAGAAAUCGGUUGUGACCAGCACAGCCACGGUGGAACAUGCGCCCAUCUGGAGGCCGGGCACCGAGCACAGCAGCGGCCGUACCCCCGCACACGCUCACAAGCACUCCCCGGUUUCCCCUCGCGCCCAGGAAAAUGUUCAGCAACGUCCCAGUGUGCUGCAUAACACCAACAUGAAGAUAAUCUCUCCAGAAGGUCUCACUCCCUCCGUUUUGCGAUCCUCUGCCUCCUCCUCCUCCUCCUCUUCAUCCAUCGCCACCACGUCUCCAGCCUGCUCCUCUGGCUUCUGUCCGGCAUCGGCAUUGCGCAGCUCCAUAAGUGGCAUGGACAACUACGCCUCAGCGAUGGAGUCGGCUCAUAUGCAGAAGGAGGUCUCCUCCUCCAGGACCCAGGACAUCAAAAGUGAACGGUCUCAGCCUGAGACCAACCACCUGUUCACCUCAAAGUUGUCCGCGGGGCCAGGAGGUCUAGAACAGACAACUUCACCCGUAAAAGCUACCGAGCCCAAGACUUUGUCCUCUUCUGGGCCGGGGGCAAGCCACCCGUUUAGCAGAGGACAGGGGAAAAUCCAGCCUUCACAUCACAGCCCCCUGGACUCAUCACUGCACGCCGCUUCAGCCCCCGAGCAGCCGAGUAGAGAAAAGAGUAAACCCUUUUCAGUGCAGGAACAGGAGCUGCGAGUACUCGUUUUCCGUGGGAACUACAGUCCUGAUGGCGUUGAAACCAUAAGCCCCGUGAACUCCCCCUCUGUCCUCCACGAGAAAGGGAUGAAGCUGACUCAAGAUAAGGAGAAAGGUUCCCUCAAACCUUCCGCGACGGAGAUCUCACACAUGCAACAGCUCCACCAGAUCAGUGAAGGCCAUCAGUCCCCAAGUCAGCCGUUACAGGGACCCCCGAAUGCCAAAGGAAAUCAGCGUGUCGUCACCUUGGCUCAGCACAUCAAUGAAGUCAUCACUCAAGACUACACACGCCAUCAUCCCCAGCAACUCAAUCCCCAUAUCCAGCCUCCCGUCUACUCCUACUCGGGGGCUGCGGGUCCUGUGUUGGAUCUCCGACGAGCGCCUACCGAAUCUUACCUCCAGCACCAACCAAUGGAACAUGUUUCAUCUUCUAGAAUUUCCCCUGAAAAUGAACCAGACCAAAGGGAAGGGUUAAUCAGUUGUAGGAGCCAGGCGGUCCAAGAAAACCCCAGUUCCAACAUGGGGCUGGAGGCCAUUAUCAGAAAGGCUCUCAUGGGUAAAUAUGACCAUCGGUGGGACGAGCCCGCUCCUCUCAGUACCAAUGCUUUUAACCCUCUGAAUGCCAGCCCAAGCUUGCCCGCUGUUCUGCCUGUAACCUCUGCUGAAGGACAGAUUGACGAGAUUCAUUCUUCCACGCCAGGUCGGCUCAGUUGCGUUUGA